UCUUGCUGGACCAGACGCUUUAUCUCACCGUCCGCUGGCUCAUAUAAAGGCACACAUUGUCUGAGGGGGUCCACUGUCCCCAGCCGUUCAACUCCGAGAGCACUCCAGAGGCACCCUUCUUCAAUAUGCAGACCAGAACAGCGAUCAAUGCCAAAUGGGAUAAGCCGAAGUCAAAGAUCACGGCUUCCCGCAAGCUCUCCUUAAAGAUGCUCCUCCUGACGAGGGCCUGCGAGGAUCUGGAGAACGAAAGGCUGGAGCGAGAGGAGGAGAAAGUGCGCUACCUGGAGGAGAAGCUGCCUCCUCUGCAGCUCUCCGGGUUGUCGCUGGACGAGCUUCAGGACCUGUGCAAGCAGCUGCACGCCAAGAUCGACGUGGUGGAUGAGGAGAGAUACGACUGCGAAUACAAAGUCGGCAAGCACAACAUCGACAUCCGUGAGCUGAAACUGAAGGUGCAGGACCUGGGGGGCAAGUUCAAAAAGCCCGCCCUGAGGAAGGUGAGGGUGUCCGCCGACGAGAUGAUGAGGGCCCUCCUGGGCUCCAAGCACAAAGGCUCCAUGGACCUCCGCGCCAACCUCAAGUCGGUCAAGAAGGAAGAUGUCAAACAGGAUAAGGUGCUCACGAGCGAAGUGGGCGACUGGCGUAAGAACGUGGAAGCCAUGUCGGGUAUGGAGGGCCGCAAGAAGAUGUUUGACACCGGCGGCGCUGCCCAGUGAAGAUGAUUCCCAAGAUGGGGUCCCGAGGUGGAAAACGUAGGAAUUAGCCUUCAUGUUUGAUGGACACUUUUUAAACUAACAACAAAUUUGACACAGGUUCCCUUUUGUAUUGUUCACUGGCCAGUUAAAAGGGAAAUAAAUUCUUUUCUUUUUUUUGUCAUUUGAAA